AAUGAACGAACGGAGCGGAUGCGGCGGCGCUGCUCGGUAAUUAACCGCACCGUGGGCUCCGUCAUCAGCUCCAGCGCGUCCGCCUCACUCAUUAUAUCGAGGGCUGAGUUGGUGGCAUGUCCACCCCGGAGCCCCCGUUAGGAGGCACGCCCUGCCCGGGGCCCUCGCCUGGUCCGGGCCCGUCUCCAGGGGCCAUCCUGGGGUCUGGACUGUCCCCUGGAUCCUCACACAGCAUGAUGGGCCCCAGUCCCGGACCAGCCACUUCUACAGGACUCUCCUUUCCUCCGCAAGCGCCUGCGGGAUACAGCCAGGAGAGUCUGCACCAGAUGCACAAGCCGGUGGAGGAGAACCUUUCAGAAGACGCUCGCUUCACUCAGAUGAAGGUGGUUCCGAUGAGGAUGACCCGUCCAGGGAGCCCGAUGGACCAGCACUCGCAAGGAUACCCGUCUCCGCUGGGCUCUUCAGAGCACGUGUCCAGUCCCGUGUCCGCCAGCGGGCCUCCAUCAGGUCCUCUCCUGUCCACCUCCGGCUCUAGCUCUGCCUCGCUGGACGGUGUGGACAGCCAGUGCCUCCCGCAGCAGAACCGUCUGGGAAGCCAAAGCGCGGCCCCGGGCCCCAGCGGCUCCUCCGCUCCGACGCCCUUCAACCAGAGCCAGCUGCACCAGCUGCGGGCGCAGAUCAUGGCGUAUAAGAUGCUGGCGCGUGGGCAGCCGCUCCCAGAUCACCUGCAGAUGGCGGUGCAGGGCAAGCGGCCCAUGCCAGGGAUGCCCCAGGGACCAUCUCUGACCAGCCUGCCCCCCGGCGGAGUGAGCGCCGGCUUCAGCCGAGGACAUGGUCCUCUGGUCAAUGCGGCGACCCCCUCGAACACUCCUCAGAAGCUGAUGCCGCUGCAGCCCACCGGACGCCCCUCUCCUGCACCCCCGUCUGUGCCACCGGCCGCUUCUCCGGCCAUGCCACCGCAGACCCAGUCUCCAGCACACCUGGGCCACUCAUCUCAGCCCGCCACCAUGGUGCCGCUGCACCAGAAGCAGAACCGCAUCACGCCGGUUCAGAAGCCCUGCGGUCUGGACCCGGUGGAGAUCAUGCAGGAGAGAGAGUACAGGCUGGAAGCUCGUAUCACUCACCGUAUUCAGGAGCUGGAGAAUCUUCCAGGGUCUCUGCCUGGAGAUCUGCGCACCAAAGCCACAAUUGAGCUCAAAGCGCUCCGACUGCUCAACUUCCAGAGACAGCUGCGUCAGGAGGUGGUGGUUUGCAUGAGACGCGACACGGCCUUAGAAACCUCACUGGACUCAAAGGGCUACAAGCGCAACAAGAGACAGUCGUUACGUGAAGCACGAAUCACAGAGAAACUAGAGAAACAGCAGAAGAUCGAACAGGAACGCAAACGCAGGCAGAAACACCAGGAAUAUCUCAACAGCAUCCUGCAGCACGCCAAAGACUUCAAGGAGUACCAUCGGUCCAUCACAGCGAAGAUCCAGAAACUGACCAAAGCUGUGGCCACAUACCACGCCAACACCGAGCGCGAGCAGAAGAAAGAGAACGAGCGCAUCGAGAAAGAGCGAAUGAGACGCCUGAUGAAGAAGGACAAGCGUCUGGCGUAUCUGCUGCAGCAGACGGAUGAGUAUGUGGCUAAUCUGACGGAGCUGGUCCGCGCUCAUAAAGCUGUGCAGGCCCUGAAGGAGAAGAAGAAGAAGAAGAGGAAGAAGAAGAAGCUGGAGAACGCGGAGGGCCAGACGGGGGCUCUGGGGCCCGAUGGAGAGGUGGUGUGUGUGUGUGUGUUUUGCAGGCAUGCUAAACAGGACGUGGAUGAUGAGUACGGCAGCGCAGCGUUUGCUCGUGGGUUACAGUCGUAUUACGCCGUGGCUCAUGCGGUCACUGAGCGGGUGGACAAACAGUCGUCUUUGCUAAUCAACGGUCAACUCAAGCAAUACCAGGUCAAGGGUCUGGAGUGGCUGGUGUCUCUCUAUAACAACAAUCUGAACGGGAUCCUGGCGGAUGAGAUGGGUUUGGGCAAAACCAUCCAAACCAUCGCUCUCAUCACGUACCUGAUGGAGUACAAGCGCUUGAACGGACCCUACCUCAUCAUCGUGCCGCUCUCGACUCUGUCUAACUGGGUCUAUGAGUUUGAUAAGUGGGCGCCGUCUGUCGUCAAAGUCUCGUAUAAGGGAUCUCCUGCUGCUAGAAGAGCCUUCAUCCCACAGCUGCGCAGUGGCAAGUUCAACGUGCUGAUCACUACAUACGAAUACAUCAUCAAAGACAAGCAUGUGCUGGCCAAGAUUCGCUGGAAGUACAUGAUCGUGGACGAAGGCCAUCGCAUGAAGAACCAUCACUGUAAGCUGACGCAGGUGUUGAACACGCAUUACCUGGCUCCGCGGCGUGUGCUUCUGACCGGGACGCCGCUGCAGAACAAGCUGCCCGAGCUCUGGGCGCUGCUCAACUUCCUGCUGCCCACCAUCUUCAAGAGCUGCAGCACGUUUGAGCAGUGGUUCAAUGCUCCCUUCGCCAUGACCGGAGAGAAGGUGGAUCUGAACGAGGAGGAGACCAUCCUGAUCAUCCGCCGCCUGCACAAGGUGCUCCGCCCCUUCCUGUUGCGCCGGCUGAAGAAGGAAGUGGAGGCGCAGCUGCCUGAGAAGGUGGAGUACGUGAUCAAGUGUGACAUGUCUGCGCUGCAGAGGGUCCUGUACCGACACAUGCAGGCCAAAGGAGUGCUGCUGACCGACGGCUCAGAGAAGGACAAGAAGGGUAAAGGCGGCACUAAGACUCUGAUGAACACCAUCAUGCAGCUGAGGAAGAUCUGUAAUCAUCCGUACAUGUUCCAGCAGAUCGAGGAGUCGUUUUCUGAGCAUCUGGGUUUCUCAGGAGGAAUCGUUCAGGGGCUUGAUUUAUUCCGCGCCUCGGGAAAGUUUGAGGUGCUGGAUCGUAUUUUGCCCAAAUUACGAGUGUCCAAUCACAAAGUGCUGCUCUUCUGCCAAAUGACGUCCCUGAUGACCAUAAUGGAGGAUUAUUUCGCUUACCGCAGCUUUAAAUACCUGCGUCUGGACGGCACGACUAAAGCAGAGGAUCGUGGGAUGCUGCUGAAGACCUUCAAUGAUCCGGCCUCUCAGUGCUUCAUAUUCCUGCUGAGCACCAGAGCGGGUGGACUGGGCCUCAAUCUGCAGAGCGCAGACACCGUCAUCAUAUUUGACAGCGACUGGAACCCUCAUCAGGACCUCCAGGCGCAGGAUCGAGCACACCGCAUCGGACAGCAGAACGAGGUGAGGGUUCUGCGGCUCUGUACCAUCAACAGCGUCGAGGAGAAGAUCCUGGCGGCCGCUAAAUACAAGCUGAAUGUGGACCAGAAGGUGAUCCAGGCCGGCAUGUUCGACCAGAAGUCGUCGAGUCACGAGCGCCGAGCGUUUCUGCAGGCCAUUCUGGAGCACGAGGAGCAGGACGAGGGGGAGGAAAUGCUCAAAAAGCAGGACAGCAACACUGGUCAAGAAGAGGACGAGGUGCCGGACGAUGAGACCGUAAAUCAGAUGAUCGCCAGGAGUGAGGACGAGUUUGACCAUGCUCCUGAUGCAUCCCUCUGUUCUCAGGCGAUCGAGGACGGGACCCUGGAUGAGAUCGAGGAGGAGGUGCGCCACAAGAAAACGUCUCGGAAGAGGAGGCGCGAUCGGGAUCCGGACGCCAUCCCGUCCACUUCAGGCGCUCGCGGGGGACGAGAGAGAGACGACAACGGCAAAAGACAGAAAAAACGAGGUCGCCCGCCGUCCGAGAAGCUUUCGCCAAACCCUCCGCCGCUCACCAAGAAGAUGAAGAAGAUUGUGGACGCUGUUAUUAAAUAUAAGGAGAAUAACGGCCGUCAGCUGAGCGAGGUGUUCAUCCAGCUGCCGUCACGCAAGGAGCUGCCCGAGUACUACGAGCUGAUCCGCAAACCUGUGGACUUCAGGAAGAUCAAGGAGCGCAUCCGGAGCCAUCGAUACCGCAGCCUCAAUGAUCUGGAGCGAGACGUGAUGCUGCUGUGCCAGAACGCUCAGACCUUCAACCUGGAGGGAUCACUGAUCUAUGAGGACUCUAUCGUGCUGCAGUCGGUGUUCAGCAGCCUGCGUCAGAAGAUCGAGAGAGAGGAGGAGAGUGACGGAGAGGAGAGUGAAGAAGAUGAAGAGGACGAAGGCUCGGAUUCAGAGACUCGGUCUGUGAAGGUGAAGAUUAAACUGAGCCGUAAGGACAGAAGCGCAGAGCGCGGCAGAGGACGCAGGAGAACCGCGAGAACAAGAGCGAAACCUGUCGUUAGUGACGACGACACAGACGAGGAUCAGGAGGAGGAUCGGUCCAACAGCGCCAGUGAGGAAGAGCAGGGAUGAAGAUCCACAGCAAACCAUUAAAGAUACAAACACACCAUACAGUAGAAGAACACAAUCAUCCCUUCAUCAGCACCCAGAAUAAUCGUUCGUUCACACAUUCAUCAUUAAGAAGGAAUCUCUGCCUGUACUGAGAUGCUGUGGCUGUUUGAUUUUUAGGUUUUCAGACCUGGACGAGAUGCUCCUCAGAUAUCGUCAUGUUUCUGUAACGUUUAAUAUUAGACGUUGCUGUUUUAGAAGAGCAAUAUUUGUGAUCGUCUGUCAAAUGAUCUAGUAUAAACCCAGUAACCUGUCAGUUAAUUGCACUAGUGUGUCAUUAGGAGAACAUUAGCAUGUACAGUAGAUGUAAUAGAUUAGAAGCAGCCUGUUAUACGAACAUAUGAUUGUUGUUUUGUUGUACGAGCGGGUUGUGUGUGUGUGUGUGUGAAAGACCAGUUUUAAGGCCGUUAACACACUGACCUGACGCUCACGCUUACAUGCGCUUGAGGAAAAGUGUUUGGAGGGUUUUUGCAGACAGAAGCUCUCUGAAACACUCAUCUUGCGCUGAAGAACUCGAGUAAAGGACAGACGCACGAGAAGCUGCUGCUGACUCAGCGGUUCCCAACCACACUCCUGGACCCCCAGCACUGCACGUUUCGCACCUCUGCUCUGUGCAACACCCAUUGCAGGUCUUGGAGUCUCUACUAAUGAGCUGAUGGUCUGAAUCAGGUGUGUGUGAUUAAGGAGACAUGGAAAUCAUGGAAAUCAAACCCCUGCGCUCGGGGACGCUGCAAACACGGGAACAGUGCUUUCUCACAGAAAGCGGCUUUAUGAAGCGGAUCCCGGUCUGCUUCCAUCUCGUGUCCCUAAAUCGUGUCGCUGCUCGUUUGUGUAACGCUGAAAUACGCUGAACUCUGUUUCUGUCGCUCGUAUUGCUGGAAAUCGCCAGCUCUGAUUGAAAAUGGAUGAUGUCUGUUGAUUUGUAACUGCUGAACGCUUUAGAAGAGAACGGCCCUGUGUGCGUCUGAGUGUUUAUUCACGUUAAAACAGGCUUUCUCUUCAGCUCCAUCACUAAUCAAACACACCUGAACAAGCUAACCAAGGUCUUCAGGAUCACUAGAAAGCUACAGCCAGGUGAGUCUGACCACAGCUGGAGUUAAAGUGGAUCUGGAGGACCGGAGCUGAGAAGUCCUGUGUUAAAUCAUCAUAUCUAUAACUCUGUUUCUGGUGUUUUGACGGCUGAUCUGCUCUGUUACUGUAGUAGAUGAAUCAUAUUAUUCCUGAAGUUUCUAGCGGCUCUUUAAUGGCAUGUGCUCUUACUGUAGUGAAUGUAUGUUUUUGUGUGUAGAUCUUCAUUCGCUAGAUGAAACCCAAUAAACAUCACAACCUCA